AUGGAUACCAAAGCAGCCCUGAGAGAUAUUUGCAACCGUAUUCCCCUUCUUACCGCGGAGCAAACUCAUUCUCUCGACGAGAACGGGUAUUUUGUAAUCUACGACGUCUUCACUGCCUCUCAAUGUCAAGCCAUCUCGGAUACUUUCGAUCAGUUGACCGCCGCGGAAGCGUCCAAUCCCGGCUUAGUCAUUGACGCAGAAGAAGGAGCAACCCGUCUCUCAGACCUUUUCAACAAGUCCAAUGUCUUCGAUCCUGUGCUGUCCAUCCAGCCCGUCCUCGGCGCAUCUCAUUACCUACUAGGAGAGUUCAAGCUCCAUGGAGCAAACAUGCGUGAGCCACACGCAGGCCACGGACACCAACCGCUCCACAGUGACGUGCUCAAGAGCAGUGUUGACGACUGGCGACUGGUCAACGCACUGAUUUGCAUCGACGACAUGGAUGACUCGAACGGACCAACCCGCAUGGUUCCAGGGUCUCAUCGAUGGCCGCACCUCAAUGUGCCUGAACCUAAUCUUGAAGAGUGGGAGCAGGAUGCGCGCCGCAAUGGUGAUUACGGCGAUACGAGUCGCUUUCCCAAAGACCCUCUGGCGCCCUUUCCGGGACAGAUAUUAUUCAAUGCCCCGAAGGGAGCCGUAGUUGUGUGCAACGCAUCGCUGUGGCACGGAGGGACGGCCAACGUGAGUGGAAGACAUCGGCGGAUGCUGCAUCUUACCUACGCACGGCGCGAUCUGAAGCAGCAGUUCAAGCAGCAAGAUCAUAUCACACCUGCGCUCUGGGAGAGGCUGAGUGAUGCUCAGCGGUUCCUUUUUGACGUUAAAAAGCCGGUGGCAGUGGAAUAA